ACCGCUGUAUUUUAUGCUCGAACCACCGCACGGAGAACGUUUUGUACGUUAUACCAUACUAUAUACUGUUCGUUUUUCAUUGCGCGACAUAACAUCGCCUGGAGCAAUUGAGUUACAGAAACAACUAAUUCUUUGUCUAUUCAAAAUUACGCUUAAAAAUUAUUAUUAUUUAAAAUUUCAUUGUAAAAAUGAAUAUAUUCAAUGAAAUAUGAGUGGUUUUGCUUAUUUAUGAGCCAGUAUAUUUAUUAGUGAUAUUAAAAUGAUUGAUCGGAGUAAAUUUCUCGAGCCAAGUGUUGGAAAUUCAUUUAGUGAAAUUAUUUCACGUACUGAGUUGCUAAGAAACCGGUAGAGAAACGAGACCAUUAUCAUUAACGUCUCUAUAUUUAUAUUUUUAUAUGAAUUAAUAUAAUAAAGCCUCUAGAUUGUUCAACUAAAUGCAAUAAAAUUUAAAUAAAGAGUAAUUUAUAUAAAUGAAUAAAUAAAAUUAUAAAUAAUGAUUUAAUGAUUAAAGUACGACGAAGAAUUUCGUGAUGAUUUAGAUCCGGUUGUGAAGAAAGAAACAUUGGCCUUUUCAAGGCCGACUACAUUGGCUAUCGUCUGUUCACCUCGGGAGAAUACUGAGACCAAGACACCGCGAACAUCUUCGAUGACUCGCUGUCAUAAUAUUUAAAUCUAGCGCCUGAGUUUUUCAAAUAUUUUUAUGACUGAGACGUCAGUUUACGGAGUUAUUAUUCGUGGGAAAAAAUAACAAAAUACUAAAUAGGGAAGUAAAGUGUAAAUUAAGUAUCUCCGGGUCGGGAACGAGCAAUCGCGGGCCAACGCACUCGACCUAGCGGUGUGCAAAGUGAAAAGGCGGUCGUAGAGGCCGCGGCUUUCACCGAAGGAUUUAACGCCGCUUGCUUGGAUUCUAUAUGUACACAGUAACUAUUUCCAGUGGCCUCCAGUUCAGUUCCACGGCACAUAACAGCGUGUCGGAUUUUUUUUUGCGCUUAAAAUAACAGAUAUGACAUGAAAAUUUUAUAAUUAUCUUUUUUUUGUGGCAACUGAUAACGUGCGCGAGUGGCUUCAAAUAUUAUUAUUAUUUUAAAAACUUGAGAGAAAUCGGAGUUCAAAUUUAAUUUAAUUAUUUAAAAAAUUAUGGAGUUGAUCAGUAGAAAAAUUGAAAAUUAAAUUGCUCUUGAAAUAAAAAAAUAAAAGUGAAAAAUAGCAUGGAAAUGUUCAUAACAGAAUCACCAAAUGGACCGGCGGUCUCAAAAUUCGCCUCCACAAAUUCAAUACCCUUAAGCUUAGAAGAGGCGAGCGUACCAGUAACCCCUGGUAUUUUACGAGAUGGAAAAGCUCGGCGUCAUAGUGUCCUAGAGGACUUGAAAGCACGUCGUGACAGUUUAUUCCAACGUGCAAGACGUGCCAGUAUCUUUGAGGAAAAGGAUAAAUACAAAGACAAAGAGAAAAAUAAAGAUAAAGACAAAGACAAAGAUAAAGAUAAAGACAAAGAAAAUAAAGAUAAGCGCCGCAGUAGCGAGGGAGCCAGACGUGGUUCGGUUUUCUACGUUUCUGAGGACCUUCUUGAGGAGAACCAAGAAGUUUUAGCAAAUGAGAAUGUCAUUAGGGAACGUGAGGCCAAAAAGGGACGACGAAAAUCCUGGCAUCCUUUGGUGAAAACGCCAAAGUCGGACCGCAAGCGCAAGAAAGGCCUGUCUGGGAUAUCUUCAGAAGCUGGUAGCGCGGAAGCCCUCUACACUGGCAGACAGAAACGACUGUCAUGGUGGAAUAUCUUUGUGCCGGACUCGGUAUCCAGGUCACGUCGCAUGUCGCAGCAAGAUGUUACGCUGACAAGAUCCACGGAAAAUCUGGCGACGUCCUUCUUUCGGAGUAAGAGCCGCAGUGUGGAUCAUGGAUUCACGACACCAUACGACUUGGAAUCACUUCGCAGCAAAGUUGAGAGUCGUUUUGAAUCUGUGGAUAAACUAUCCAGAGAUUCAGACAGCGAGAGCAAAGAUGGAUCUAGUUCGCAUGAAAAGAAACAUGUUAAACUUACACAGCCAGAAAAUACUGUUGCUUAUACGGUGGGUAACAGAGAUACGCUGACAUCAGUCGCAGCAAGAUUUGAUACAACACCAUCUGAAUUGAGCAAACUAAACCGACUUGGCAGUACCUUUAUAUACCCGGGCCAGCAGCUCUGGGUUCCAAUAAAAGGAGAGGCACGUCUGGGCGGCGAUGGAACGGCACUGGAUGCCCCGAGUCCAGAUCCCGGUCACGAUCACGAUUCACAGGAUGAUUUGCCACCGGAAGAAAAAGAGCUAUUGGAUAACUUACGGCCUGUUUCCCCAAAACCAGGUCAUAUGGAACGAGUUAAAACCCCACUUGACAGUGGUAAUGCAGCAGCUAUGGACGAGGAUGAACCAGCCUACAGAGAGAGAUUUUUGAAGAUCAACGUUCGUCAUAUCACCGAUGGACAGGGUGUAGUCGGAGGUGUUUUAUUGGUCACUCCAAACGCCGUCAUGUUUGAUCCCAAUGUUUCCGACCCGCUGGUCAUUGAACACGGAGCCGAGUCUUACGGUGUGAUAGCGCCCAUGGAGUUUGUAGUUAACGCAGCGAUUUAUUAUGACAUUGCCCACAUGCGGGUCAGUCAUACAGAUGCCAUGAGUACAGACAAGAAACCAGAAAUUUACUACAUGAAGAAACCCGAGAGAAGUGACGGCCGGAAAUGUUUAUCGCCUGGCAAAGACGAUAACUUCUCCGAACUUGCUGGCGAUGACAACGAAAGUGUCUGUAGCUGCGCCGAGAGAGAAGGUGACGCAUUUCCAAAGGCUUUUGAACGAGACCUCGUCACUCCUACGAAUUUACAAAUUGAAGAAGGAGCGACUGCUAAAGACAAAGAUAAGGAUAAAGAUAAAGAUAAAGAAAAUAAGGAUACAGAUAAAGAUAAAUUAGAUGAAAAUGCUGAUAAGGAACUUGGUGUCGGGCAAGCGAGCAGGACACUCGAGGAACGCAGGCGUUCUAUGCUGGACCACCACUGGGCCGUUCCCAGCAAAGACAGAUGCUCAUUUUCCGUCGACGAUGAGCAACAAGAUUCUAUUAAUUCCGACAAAAGUCAACCGGAGCCAGCAAAGCCGAAUGCCGUUCCCGAGGGCGAAGACGGAUCUCUAGUCAAACUGUCGUGCUAUGAUUCUGGUAUCGACAUUCGUGAACCCAAUCCCCCACUUCCCGUAGUGCAACCUAUCCCAUCAAAAAAAAAAUAUUCGGACGCGGACAUAGUUUUAUCUACAGAUUGGGUGCCACCGAUAACGAUCGCCCCUACCAACGUCUCAUCCGGGAGUGCUCUGGACGUCCUGUCGGUAGUAAAUGGCGGCGGCAGAAAGAAGGCCAGUUCUGUAUCCUUCAGCUUGGACAGCAACGCCGAGGAGCCGGAGAAAGACGAAGAGCACAAAGACGAGGACAAACAAGAGACUCGUAGAAACAAAAUGCUGAAGAGGCUGUCGUACCCAUUGUCCUGGAUGGAGGGUCUCACUGGUGACAGCAAAGACGAAGACACCAGCAAACCCGCUGAAAAAGUACCCAGCCUUCCUAACAGCGCCGACAGUCAUCACUCAUCGGUAUUCAGUAAAGUAUUCUCAAGCUCGCCGAUCAACCUGGUGAGUGACUUUAGCUCGGGGCUGUUUGCUAAAACACCAAGUGAAGAGAGCGGCGGAGGCGGUAGGCCUGGAGGUACGCCCCCACUUACCGCCUCUUCACUCUCCCAGGACUCAACCAAUUCACAAUUUUCACCAGGUCCCGCAAGUUUCAUUGGGCGUUCCUCGGUGGGUACGUUCAUUCGACAGCAGCCUUUGACCUCGUCAGGCAGCAGCAGCGUCGACAGCACCCGGGGAAAUAAAACUUCAACAGCACCACCGCGAUUGGAUUAUCGUAGCAUGGUUUCCGUCGACGAUAUGCCUGAACUAUUUGUUAGCUUUGACAAAUUGAUCCCAAGACCAGCACGAAGCUGCGAGGAUCCACCACUGUACCUGAGAUUACGAACUGGCAGACCGAAGGACAAGAAAAUACCUCGAUCCACCCCUAUAAUGAGCUACGGAAAGAAAAAACUCAGACCCGAGUACUGGUUUAGUGUCCCACGCAACAGAGUGGAUGACUUGUACAGAUUUAUCCACGUAUGGGUGCCGAGUUUGUAUGGAGAAUUGGACGAAAACUAUUGGAUCGAACGUGGGUACAUUCUGUUCGAAACAGACACCGAUCUGUCGCCAGAAGUGUCGCCGCAGGAAGGCGAACCCGGUGAAUCAGCUGAAGAAAAUAAAGCGACACGUGACGGUGAUGAGAUAACCGAGUUGACUCGUGAGUCAUGGGAGCUGAUCAAGGCUCCGUACGUAAAGCUCUACAGUAUACUGAAGACUUCAAGCACCUCGGCGGAAGAACAGCCCCAGGAUCCAGAGGUUUUGUCUAUGAGCGAUGAAUUGCGCAGAGCUUUGUACGCCAAUAGUGCCAUAUCUCUUGACGUAGAUGUUAUUGUCCCUGAUCUGGUUGGCACCACGGAAAUAUUGAGCGAUGAUCACAGAGAACAUUUGUGUCGUCAUUUACCAGCACGUGCUGAGGGAUAUCUUUGGACACUGGUAUUCAGUACGAGUCAACAUGGAUUUAGUCUGAAUAGCAUGUACAGAAAAAUGGCUAAAGUUGAAAGCCCUAUUCUUCUAGUCAUUGAAGAUACUGAGGGAAAUGUAUUUGGAGCCCUCACGUCAUGUUCACUUCAUGUCAGUGACCAUUUUUACGGAACUGGAGAAUCUUUACUAUUCAGGUUUACUCCGAGGUUCCAGGCAUUUAAUUGGACUGGUGAUAAUCUUUAUUUCAUUAAAGGAAAUAAUGAAAGUUUAGCUAUUGGUGCUGGAGACGGUAAAUUUGGUCUGUGGUUAGACGGAGAUUUAUAUCAAGGCAGGACACAAUCAUGCAGUACAUACGGUAAUGAACCACUUGCCCCACACGAAGACUUCGUCGUGAAAACACUAGAAUGCUGGGCAUUCAUAUAGGAUUCAAUAACCGGCUCCGUGUCAACAUUCUUGCCGCAGCCGAACUUAACUUGAGCUCGUGAUUUCUGGUGGACAUUAAAAAAAAAAAAAUGAAAUUUUAAAACAAUCCCAGUGUCAGGAGAGAUCAGACUAAUUUUUUCGUAUCACUGAUUACUUAUAAUCUCCAUACAUAUAAUUUGAUGUUAAUAAAAUAAAUGGAGAUUUAUAAUUACUGAUGAUCAUACACUAAAAUAAUAAUCGUUGCGUUAACGCUUUGACGUAAUAACGGCUAGUGUCAAGGCAGCUAGAGAUUUGUUAACCCACGAAAGAUAAUAAUAUAAAGAGAUAUAUAGUUUUCAAGAUUUAACAGUUUUAAUAAUAAUCAUUAUAAUAAUAAUGAUAAUAAUAAUAAUAUUAAUUAAUAAUAAUGAGAGUAUUUACGGUGAAGGAUUACGGAGAGAGAAAAUACAAUGACAGUUGAAUUUAUAAAUUAUCGACAGCCGGCCGUUUUUAUUCGACUUUUAUUUUAUUAUUAUUAUUAUUUUUUAAUUCAAAUUAUUUAUUAA